AUGACUGAGUCAGCACGUCCAAAGGCCUUCUGGCCGAGGCAGAUGAUACCGCCCACGCCCGAAAGCUUCAAAGAGCUGGCCAGAGAUGGCGGGGAGCGACUGGCGGCUGUCUCGCUGGCUCAGAUCCCGGCUAUUCCGGCCGGCGCCAAAAUUCAUGACAAUGGCUGCGGAUCUGGAGCUGCGACGACCGUUAUCAUGGCCUCGCUGCCGCCAGAGGUAGCAGCCUCCAUCAGCAUCACGGGCACGGAUAUUUCGAGAGGCGCGGUGGACUCGUACCGCGCUCGGGCGGCGUCCUCGUCAUGGCCGGCCGAGGGGCUCGUCAUGGACGCCGACUCGCUCUCGUUCCCAGACGAAACCUUCACCCACAGCUUUGGCAAUGCGAUGAUCUUUGUGGGCCCGCGAAAUAACGGCAUUGAUGCAGUCAAGGAGAUGCAUCGCACGCUGAAACCGGGGGGCACGCUCCUCUUGAACUGCUUCGGCCACAACAAUGUGCUCGAGCCUAUCCGCAAGGCAUCUCGAGAGACCCGCGCGGGUGGCAUAUUGCCGGAAUGGGACUCAUUCGAACAGUGGACAGAUCCUAGUCUUAUAGCCAGCAUUGUGGAGGCUGGUGGCUUUGAAAAGGAGGCCAUCAAGGUGAUACCGUGCCACAUGUUUGUGAACAUCGGCAACUAUGAGCGAGCCACGACGCUGGUCUGGAGUAUGAGGGGAAUGCCAAGCGGUGGAUGGCGCGAAGAAGAUGAAGAGAAAUGGGAUGAGGCCGUCGACAUUGUGAGACGCGAGCUGCAACAGACGGAAGAAUUCAGAAUGCUCAAUGAUGGUACUGCAGAAGUCAAAUAUCCUGUUAUUGUUGUGACAGCGACCAAAUAG